AUGCCCCUCAACUGUGUGCCGCCCCCGUCGCUUCCGCUGCCCGUCGAGUGCUACGAUAAAUAUGGCCAUAUGCCAUAUGCCACGCCCUCGGAGGAGAAAGUGUACAAAUCGGACGCUUUCAAGAAAAUGAGGGCCGAGCAGAAGAGUGAGGCGGAAGAGAUACUGAAACGACCCAAUUUGGAACAGCAGCGCAGACUUCCGCCGGGCACAGUACCCCCGCGAAUGGGGUCCAAGGCGCCGCCGACAAAACAAAAAGCCGAGGGAUCCAAGGCGACACAUUUUCAUGUGUUGGGACGCCCUUGGAAGGCUAUGCCGUACACAGAGUUGACGCAGAACGAUUUAAAACGGCUGCGCAAUGCACGACCGAAGUCCUUUGAGGAUCGUCAUCUGCAACAGGAGCGCCUGCAGAUGGAACAGCAACGUCGCACCGACGAGAUCGAGGACUUGCGUAUUUAUUUUCGUGACAUUGACGAGGCCCAUCGUGCGCGAGAUCGGAAACGGGAGCGCGAUAUCGCGCUGCUCGGUGCGGACGUUUUCGAGGAUAAGGUGAAGCUGGAGGCCAAACGAUUGCAAGUGCUGCACAAGGCUCUGAACGAGAAAUAUGCCACGGACGAGCUGGUCAAGAAUACCAAACGAGUGAUAAGCGAUGCCAAAUGCAGUGCCAUAUGGUCGGCCCAGAUCGCAGAGCGGAAGCUGCUCGAACGCGUUCAGGAGCAGCACGAUCACGAGAUGAUGCGCAAGAACGAGGAGUACAACAAUUCAAGGUGGGGCACAAAGGAUCAGAAGGAAGAGACGGAGGCACAACGACGUGCCGAAUUCGGUGAGGCCGUGCGCCAUCAAAUCAGCGAACAUAUGGCCUUGCGCUUUCAGGCCGAUGAUCGCAAAAAGAUGGAGGCACGCGAUGUGCGGGCUGCUGCCGCUGCCUAUAGGCGAGCAGAGACGGAGCGCAGCGAGCGGAUGCUGAAACAAAGGCAGGAGUAUCGCGAGGAGCUGGAACUCUAUGUGCGCAUCCACAAAGAUUUCCAACGCAUGCUCUGCGAACAGGAGCGCAUCGAUGAGCAGCGAGCUCUCGAAUAUAUGAUGGCGAAGGAGAAGCAGCUGAAGCAGGAGCGCAAAGAGAAGGCCGCUCACGACGCGGAUAUCUCGCGCAGACGCGAUAUUCUCUACACCAUACAGCAGAAGGUGCUCGACUCCCAAGGCAAUCGCGAUGAGAUGCGCUAUCUGAUGGAGCGAGAGCAACUGGAACGCAAAUAUCGCGAGGAUGAGCGCGUCGAGGCCGAGAAGCGUAGGCGCAUGGAGCUGAAGCUUCGCGACGAUCGUCGCCAGCAAAUCAAGGAGCAGCAUGAGGCGAAGGCUUGCUUCUAUCAGAAACAGGAGGAUGAGCUUCAAAUGCUGGCCGCCCAACGUGCCAUCUUUGAGGAGAGACAGAAGAAGGAGGAGGAGAAGCUGACCUGCAGGCGAAAGACCUUCCAUGCGAGCGUCGCCAAACAGAUCGAGGAUCGCGAAAAGGCGCGACGACGUCGCAUAGAAGAAGAAAAUCUGGUAUUGGAGCGAGCCCGAUUGAGCAAUCGGGAACGCCAGGAAGAGAUCAAUACGGUCAUUACCGUUCAGCUGGAUGAGUUGGCGCGCACCGAGUGUGUGCCGCCCGAGAAGUUGCGUGUCCUGCUCGGGCGUGUGGCCAAUUUGGAUAAGAAACGUUUGGGUCGUAUCUAG